AUGUCGGGACCAUGGGGACUCGGAUGGAUGCCCGGAAACGCGGCGAACCAGGGACUGCUCGUCGAAGCGCCGCAAGCGAUUUUCUUCCCGCCGGCCGCCACCCACGACGCGUGGUGCAACGAGCUGAUAGCGAUGCAGUCGGCGCAACACUUCUCGCAGCUUUUGCAACAACAACAACAACUGAUACAAGGAAUCACGGCUCUCACCGCCGCCCCUCCGCCGCCGCCGCCGCCGCCGCCGCCCGUUCAUUUUCCGUAUCAGCCGGCGGUGGCGGCGACCGAAGCACAAGUGGUGCACGGGCUCAAAGCAGAGCUCUUCCACGCGCAGAGCAACGAAAAUGCGCUGCUACGAGAGCUCGGUGAGGUGAAACAGCAAUUGGCGGAGCUGAAGGAGCGACACGAGAACGAGAGCGAUCUGCGAGACGAGGUCGAGAAGGAGAUCGAGGAUCUGAAGAUCGACAUGGACUACAUGCGGGUGCAGAUGAAACGGGAGAAGGAGACGAGCAAACGGUACAAGGAGCACAUCGAGAAGAUCAAGAAAGAGCGCGACGAGGCGAGGGAGGCGCUGGCGAAAACGACGCCGCAGAAGGCAAGGAAGCGGGUUCAUGUGGAGAAGAAGGAAAAUGUGAAAAAGGAAGAGGAAAAAGAGGAGACGAAGAAGGCAAAGUUCGACAUGCCGUUGUGCGAUAUCUGCCGCUUCGAGUACGGAGAGCAUCCGGACAGAACGCCACGCGUUUUGAGUAAGUACUUUGAAAAAUUGAUUGCUUGCAUUUCGGCUAGUGACGAAAAAGGAAAUGAGCCUUAAAAUUAGUUUCACUACUGAAAUUGAACUAGAGGCUACAAAAGGGGAACUACCCUUCAACGACCCAAUUUAUUGUUCUGGUUUUAUAAAGUUUCCUAAGAACCUCACAAUCAGACCAUGCUCUCAAGUCUUUCGCAACCAAAGGCCAGUCCAGGCCUAAACUUUUGAACCAGUUGCCAGAAUCUUAUCCGAUCUUUUGUACCUGGAUUGAAGUAUGUUGCGUUCAAGUUUCAGACAGUUUCAUUCCUCAAACCAGAUGAUCCAAUCGGUCUGAAACUUGGGCCCAAUAAACUUUUGCAAAGUCUUCAGCGUUUCAAAAGUCUAUGUCUUUUGCCCAGCGUUUAAUUCCGAACCACCGCAUUUACUUGACAUCAAACAGUUGCGAAAUGUCCUAUAUGCUUGCAGCUCGAAUCACAAUGUAAUUGCCAAUUUGCAGAAUGCGGACACACGGUGUGCGAGGAGUGCUGCACGAAUCUCGCCGACGGACUCAUGCACUUGCAGUGUCCGUUCGACCGAAAAGAGACGGCGAUGACGGAGAACGGAACGGUGGACCUGCCCAAGAACUACGUGCUCAUUCAGAUGCUCAGCCAGAAGAAUAACUAG